CUCAGUCCGCCUUGGCGUACUUCGCGUUGGGGUUUGGAGGUGCCGUGUGGUCCACGUCCCCGCCGAUACAGAUCAAAAUGGCAUCAGAUGAGGGAAAGCUUUUUGUUGGUGGACUGAGUUUCGACACUAAUGAACAGUCGUUGGAACAAGUGUUUUCCAAAUACGGACAGAUAUCUGAAGUUGUGGUGGUGAAAGACAGAGAAACCCAAAGAUCAAGAGGCUUUGGGUUCGUCACCUUUGAGAACAUAGAUGAUGCUAAAGAUGCGAUGAUGGCUAUGAAUGGGAAGUCUGUUGAUGGGCGCCAGAUCAGAGUGGACCAGGCUGGUAAAUCAUCUGAAAACAGAUCUCGAGGAUACAGAGGGGGUUCAGCUGGAGGCAGAGGCUUUUUCCGUGGAGGCAGAGGUCGGGGCCGUGGUUUUUCUAGGGGAGGUGGAGACAGAGGCUAUGGUGGAAGCAGAUUUGACUCCAGAAGUGGGGGAUACAGUGGCUCCAGAGAUUAUUACAGCAGCAGCAGGAGUCAAGGUGGAUAUGGUGACAGAUCUUCAGGAGGCUCCUAUAGAGACAGCUAUGACAGUUAUGCUACACACAACGAGUAAAAAUCCUUCCUGACUCAAGAUCGUCCUUCCAAUGGCUGUAUUUAUAAAGAUUUUUGGAGCUUCGCUGAAAUCGUUAUUGUGUAGUACAUCUACUUGUAUUUCCACUUUUGUAGUAUUAUCAGUUCUGAUCUUGUCAAAACACAGCCUGACAGCUUCUGCUAUGAGAUGGUCUAAUUAGACUUUUCUUUAAGAAAGCUCUGCUUUCAAGUGUUUUUAAUCUUUUUUUGAAAGCACUUCAGAUUUUAUUUUCUUUUGUGAUGAGCCAAGGUUACUUUUUUUUUUAUAAAGUUGUGAAGUUGGGGCCCCAAUUCAGUUUCUUUUGCUAGAAAGGACCUUUAAUUCAAUGUUCACUAGAAGCUGAACAAGCUGUGGACUUUUUUUAAAGUGCAUUACCUUCGUCUCUUGUAACAUUCCUUUAGUGUAGCAAGGUAGGAAUGCAGCCUGGGUACAAAUGGGAAGGCAAACCACCUUGAUAUAUCUAAAGAGAACUUGCUUGUAUGUUCAACCUGCAUAACGGUAUUUUUACUGUAUGAUGUAAAUUACCCAGAAAUAGACUUGCAAAACUUACCAUAAAAAGAGGUUCUUGAAAAUGUUUAUUUAUAUUGUCCUUUUUUACUGGAAGAAAUAUGCAUAUUCCAUUGAUAUUGUAUUUGAAGUGGUAAAGGAUUCUUGUAUACAGUUUUCUUUGGCUUUACGAAGCCUAUUAAAAGACCGUCUGAAAUGAACUCUGCUCCUGACAUUUACAUUUCAUUGCACAACACAAUCCUUGAAGAUCCAGAACCAAGCUUAAGUAAUGGAGAGGACACCAGAGAAGAGUUAGUGAUAGGAGGAGGAGGAGUAGUAGAGCAAGCCAGUCUUAUUGUCCAGUGGAAAGAAGGUAAUCUUACCAGUCUUGACACGUGCAAUUAUGCUGACAGAAUUCACAUAAGAGUCAAACCUCUGUAGAGGGAGACUACUACAAGCGAGCCCAAGGGUAUUCUUCAAGGGCAAAAGAGAGGUGAGAGAGGAGGGAAAUUUUUUAGCUGCUUUAGCUCAGUCAGGGAAGAUGUAAUAUGUAGACAUGGAAAAGUUGUUAAGAAUAAGUCCUUCAGUAUUGGACUUACUUGUUAGUAAUUUAACACAGUGUUCCAAGGUAGGUAAAUUGACGUGACUAGCUAGCUUUGUCAUUGCCUUACAAGUUCUAAGAAUUCUCUGCUAGCAUAUGGAAACUGCAGUGUCCUUGGAGAAAAGAAGUGUUGUGCCUCCAACAGAAACCUCUGAGACGAAAGCUGCUCUCUUGGCUAGUUCAUAUGUGGAAAUAGUCCUGUAAUUCGAGGUAACUCCUUUUGCUCAUGUCCGCAUCCUUCCUCUUGUUGAGAGCUCAUUUUGAAAGUCUAAUGUACCUGUGAAAUAGUCCUUUGACAAUUUUGGUCAACUGACGGAAAUUUUUUUAAAAAAAAAGAACCCAUGCCUCUUGCAAUCUUUGGCUUGUGGCACAACUUCAGUUCCACAGAUCAGAGUUGGGCAUGCAAUCAUGUCUUGCUAGUAGGUAUGGAAGCAAGAUGGGGAGCAGAAUUCCCUGACUUGGUUUUUGUGCUCAUCUAUUGAGAAUCUUCCUAGACUUCAUUAAGUUGCUCACUUAAUUGUAGCUUUCUCUGCCAUCCUACUUGUUGCCAUUAACUUUUUCCCAUAGCCCACACCUAUUCCUAAGCAACCAUGUCAAAGUGGUUAAUUGUCUCUGCUUAGAGAUCCAAUGAUAUAUUGGCUGGUAUAUCAAAGGCAUCAGCCAGCCCUGGAACAGUUUUCCCAGACUUUGCUUCUGUGAUGUGAUGGGUUCAGCGAAUGGCUUGUGAAACCCUCGUAUAUGAUGUGACUUGUGUUUGGGAGGUGGGUGGCAGUAUAAAAUCACUGCUUGGAUAUGGUUAGUAAUGCACACUUUAUUUGGCAGGUUGAAGAGAAGAAGAAUGCUUGAGCCUGAUGUUACAGAGCAGUGAGCAUUCCGUGAAAGCAGAAUUGGCCAUCUGUUUUUCCCCUAAGCAGCAGUGAACUGCAUUGAGGAAGAGCAAGGACAGCUGUUGACUGAAGUGGAGUUAAGAGUGUUGGGCAAUGUAAUAGUUGAUCGACUGAACAGUCUGACUUAUGGGUUUAAUGAUGGCUAGAAUAAACAUUAGAAUGUG